AUGUCCAGGGGUGCUUUAUUCGUCUUUGAAGGAUGUGAUCGAGUCGGGAAAUCCACUCAAGCGCGACGAUUGUUGAAAAAGAUACAGGAAUAUGGUCGACAAGCGGAAUUAAUCGCAUUUCCAGACCGAUCCAGUGACCUCGGAAAAUUCAUCGAUCAGUAUCUGAAAGGUCAGGUUGAGCUAGAAGCGCGUGAAGCUCACCUGCUAUUCGCAGCGAAUCGUCAUGCGUUGGUGAAGAAAAUGCGUGAAACACUUGAGAAGGGCAUCAGCUUAAUCGUUGAUCGAUACGCAUAUUCGGGUAUAGCUUAUACCGUCGCAAAAGAAAAAAGCAUCAGUUUGGAAUGGGCUAAGUUACACGAUGUGGGUAUGUUGAGGCCAGAUUGCGUAUUCUUCUUUGAUUUGUCACCUGAGGUGGCAGCGAAACGCAGUGGCUACGGAGGUGAACGUUUGGAAUCCUAUGAAUAUCAGUGCCGAGUUUACGAGAUAAUGAAGAAGUUAGGCGAACAAAACCACGACAUAUGGAAGGUCGUAGACGCUUCCCAACCACUUGACGAUGUUAGUGAGGCAAUUUGGAGCGUAAUGAAAACUUAUCUGGACGGAGAGACUGCAUUAAAAGAAAUUGGGACGAUCCAGGUGGAAUCAUAA